UCCUCCCUCUCUCUCUCUAGCUUUCUCUCUCUAGUUUCUCUCUCUAGCUUUCUCACUCUAAAAGAAAAAGAAAAGGAGUUGAAGAAAGACAAUAAAAUGAUUGAUGCCUUUAUAAUCCAGCAAGUCAAUAGUAUUGGGGUAUUCAAAUCUCUGCUAUAAAGACCAAAAGCAAAUUUUUUUUUUUAAAUUAAAUUAAAAAAAAAAAGAAAAGAAAAGAAAAAAAGAUGGCUUUGGAAACACUUUCUUCGAGUGAGCUGUUGAACUUCAUCAUGUACGACUCUACUGUUUCUGCGCCGACACCGUUCGAAUCUUCGGAAUCGCCGGAGACACGGCAGAGCCACCCACCUCCGGCGACGGAGACGGCGUUGCAGGGUCGGAAGUAGAGGAGGAGGAGGCCGAAGGUGUGCAAGAACAAAGAGGAGGCGGAGACGCAGAGAAUGACGCACAUUACUGUUGAGAGGAACCGCCGCUAUCAAAUGAAUGAGCAUCUCCCCGUGUUGCGCUCCCUCAUGCCGGAAUCUUAUGUUCAAAGAGGUGACCAAGCCUCAAUUGUUGGUGGUGCCAUAGAAUUUGUGAAGGAGCUUGAACACAUAUUGCAGUCUUUAGAAGCCAAGAAAUUCACUCUAUUGGAGCAGCAAGGAAAUAAUAAUACUAAUAAUAAUAAUAAUAUCAAUAAUAAUAAUAAUAGUAACAAUAAUAAUAAUAAUAAUAAUGAAGAUAAUUAUAAUCCUGAUCAAGAAAUUAGUGAUGAUAAUAGUAGCAUUAAGCAAGUUAGCCCAUUUGCUCAGUUCUUUGCAUACCCUCAAUUUAGCUGCUCUAAUAACCAAAUGGGAAAUAAGUACACUUCUCAAAGCAAGGCAGCCAUUGCCGACAUCGAGGUCACUUUAAUCGAAACGCACGCAAAUAUCCGAAUCCUCUCCCGCCGACGGCUCCGCCAGCUGUCGAAGAUCGUCGCCUCGUUUCACUCCGUCUCUCUCACCAUACUUCACCUCAAUGUCACCACUCUCGACUUGCUCGUGCUCUACUCCAUUAGCGCAAAGGUGGAAGAAGGUUGCCAACUGAGUUCAGCAGACGAGAUAGCCGGAGCAGUUCAUCACAUGCUAAGAAUAAUUGAGGAGGAAGCUAUCCUAGGUUGUCAAUCCUAGGGCUCUACUUAAUUCACCUAUAUUAUAUUUUAUUAUUAUUAUUUAUUUAGUAACCUUUUUUUUCUUUUUUUUUUUAAUUUUAACUAAUGUUAAUCGUGUUAAUUAAUAAUUUAAAUGUUUUUUUGUAUUUGUAUUUUUCUAGUGUUUGCCAUUUCUUUCAACUAUCUAUUGUACUUGCUAGGUAGCUAAGCUGCAGCUGGUUUUGGCUGUGGUGGGAUUUAGGGUAUGGUUAGUUAGGUCUAUCAUUUUUGUUUUAAUAAUUCCAAAUUAGUUGGAAUAUUGUAAAACAUUGUUUGAAAAUAAAAUAAUAAAUGUAUUGCUAAUUGGUUUUUGAA